AUGAUCAUCUUGGUUGCUGUUGCCUUCCUGGCUAUCGCCGCAGCUGCUCCCGUCGAGAAGGAGCCACCAAAGGUCGUGUACUACAACUUUGAAAAAGAACCCGAAGGUUCCUACGUUUUCAAAUAUGAAACUGAUGACGGUACCAAGCGUGAGGAGACCGGUGUUGUGAGGCAAACUUUGGAUAAGGACAACAAGUUGCAAAGUGUCAUUGUUGUCAGUGGAAGCUACACCUUCGUGAACAACGAAGGCGAGCUUGACACCAUCAAAUAUUUCGCCGACGAGUCCGGUUAUCACGCUGACGGAAAGUCUAUCCCCAAGCUUCCCUUAUAA